AUGAGAAAAAAGCGAGGAAAUGGGUAUAAAACAAAGGAAAAUGGUGGGGGAGAGGAGCCAUCGACAUUGUCUGUUUCUCUGGUACUCUCUCUGAAGUAUUUCCUCAUGUCCAAGCACGGCUUCUUCUCGCUGCUUCUCACCGGAAAUCGUCAAAUCGACGCGUCGAAUUUCUACGAAUUGGCGAAAAAUAAGCAAAACGACCUGCUGAAAACUCAAAAAAUCUAUAAAAACAUCAAAGAACGAGUGGAGCCAAAUCUUCGAAUUCUAGCGACGCAUAGCAAUUUUUAUACGGAGAUUUUGAAGGAAAUGAGCAAUGAAGACAAGGAGAAUCAGCCGAUUUUCGAAUUUUCUCGAAAAAAUUCAGAAGAGCCACCGAGAAAGAAGCAGAAGAGGUUCAUUGUGGAAAUCGAUUCAGAUGAGGAGAAUGAUAAGGAGAAUGAUGAUGAGUGGUGGAAGAGAUUCGAGAAUUCGAAAAAUCGAUAA